AUGUCCACGAGUCCUAGUGAUUAUGACAUGAGUGAUUCCUCAUGUUCUGGGGCGUCAUACAUGACAAAUUCUCCCUUGUAUCAAGUACCUCAGGUACCAACAAAAUCACCUGACAUGCCUUGCGGAACGCAGUCCUUCUUAAGAAUCAUAGCACAGCCACAAAACCGCUUCAGAUUUCGGUAUGUCAGUGAGUUGGCUGGAACCCAUGGCUGCUUGCUCAGCAAUUCAGCAGCCACCAACAGUAUGAAAAGCUAUCCAAGCGUUGAGUUGGUGAAUUACACAGAUAAGGCAUUGAUAAGGUGUACAUUGGCUCAACACAACAAUUCACUUGAGCAUCCACACAGGCUCCAUGACGAAGAUGACCAUGAUGUCAGUCAAAUUGUACCUGAACAAGGCAGUUACAUGGUGGGAUUCCGGGGCCUAGGCAUUAUACACACAGCUCAGCAAGAAAUUAAAAAGAAGUGUAAGAAGAUGGCGAAAGGGAUCAAUUUUAACAUAGUUCGACUGAAAUUCAGUGCUCACGAUGUCCAAACUGAUAAAGAGAUAUGCGACCCUGUAUUUUCUGAACCCAUAUUUAACAUGAAAAGUGCAGCUACUAAUAAUUUGAAGAUAGUCCGUAUGAGCCGGUUCAGUGGAAGUCCAUCUGGCGGUGACGAUGUCUUCAUAUUUGUGGAGAAAGUGAAUAAAAAGCAUGUGAGUAUUUGCUUUUUUGAGCUUGAUGAAACUGGACAAAGAAGGAUUUGGGAAGGUGUCGGUCAGUUCACGCCUAGCGACGUACAUCACCAAUACGCUAUUGCGUUUAGGACUCCAGCAUACAGAGAUCGUAAGAGUCCAGUGGAUGUAAAAGUAUAUAUUGAACUAGUGCGAACUACCGACGGCCACAAGAGCGAACCCGUAGAGUUCAAAUAUAAAGCCGAAGAAUUCUACAAACAAGUAAAGAGAAGGAAAACUAACUCAUCGAACAGAUUUAAUAACAUUCCUUUAGGAACUGUUAAACAAAAUCCAGUGACAACAAUAACUGCCAUGAGUGAAAAUCCAGUACACGUUUUUAGUCAACCACAACAGUUACCGGGAGACACCUCACAAAUACCUGAGCUGCCUUCUAUGUUUACAUUUAAUGAGUUUUUAUAUCCAGAAAACCAAGAUCUUAAUGAAGGUGAUAACUCAUACGUUAAGUCAGAGACUGGUAUUUUUCCAGGAUCAGAUCCAUUGUUAGGUUCUGAAAAUUACGUACUGCUAACAAAUGAAGAACUACCACAUUUGGCAGAUUUGGACUUGAACGAUGUAAGCAACCUUGCUAACCUAUCCUUGCAAAAUAUUGAUCAUACGGAGGUCAUGAGUACAUUCGAUAAAGAUGAGUAUUUACGGCACUUCCACGAGAUGUUUCCUGGCGAUAUAUUGGAAAGUUUGGAGAGCCAAUCUGCAACCCUAGUCUCGGACUCCGGCCUAGGCUACAACAUUAAAUUCGAGUCGGAUUUUGGUGACAAUUUUCUACAGGCUCAAGGUUGUUCUCAUCCAAUUGUAGUAAAAACCCAACGGACAGGGAAGAAGUAUAAACUUAAGCUAAAGAGCGACGAGUACAACGCUUUCUACAAAGCAGAAGACGGCAUCGAAGUUAAAAAGCUGAUUAAAGAAUUAUGUGGAAUGAUCAAAGACAAGAAAGGUUUCAAGAAACAGGAAAUUAGGGAGCGUUUGGAACUGUUAUUCGAAAAACGAUUGUCAAAUGGAGACAUGUUCCUUCAUAUGAGCGUGUAUUCCGAUCCAGCUUGUGUAUAUUCUAUUGUGAAGAUGAUCGACAUUGUGAAAGCGACCCACCUGCUCAAUUAUUCCAACUAUAAACUGCAGACAACGUUACACUUAGCAAUCUUAAACGACAUGUCCCAAAUCGUUUCUUUGCUCGUCACUAAAGGUGCUGAUCCUAUGUUAAAGGAUGAUCAAGAGUACAACGCAAUUCACUACGCUGUAAAAUCGGGGUUCUGCCUACAACCACUAUUGGAAGCUAUUAAGAAAAAUAAUGUGACUUGCAAUAUUAACGACUAUAACGGCGAAAAGCAAUCGGCGUUGCACAUGGCUGUAAUUGAAGACUCAGGGCGAAGCGCUCGCCUCUUGCUACAACACGGCGCUAGUUACAGUGUACGGGAUGAGUAUGGGCGUACCCCAUUACACCUGGCCGCCUAUGAUGACAGUCUUGAAGUUACCCAGGCUUUGCUUGAUUUCAUACCCCAGAGCGAUGUAGACGUCACCGACAAUUCGGGCAACACAGCACUCCAAAUUGUUUGUGGCGGUACUAUAAGAGAAAAUUCUGUUCUAAUUAUUAGACUUCUGCUGGAGAAAAAGGCAAAUCCUAUGAAAACUGAAAAUGGCAACGAAUCAGCGUGGCGUCUUGUGAAGAAUAAAUUAGCAUUAAAAGCAGUGCUGUGGGACUACAUUCCCACGGAAUUCAAAGAUGAUCAUGACGUUGACGAAGAUGUUUUCCUGUCUGCCGACGAAGGUGAAUCCAGCGAUGACAUAACAUCAACCUGA